UUGCACCACCCACCAGCUCUCCCUCCUGAUAUAAACCCGGGUGCGGGGGCCACAGGAGCGGGGAGUACAGACCCUUGAUGGAGGCCGGGCUGCUGAGCGCCGUCCUGGGCAUUAUCCUGCUGCAGGUGGAAAUGACCACGCAGGACCUGGACCUGCAGAAGAUUGCAGGGUUCUGGCGGGAAGUUGGGGUGGCCUCCAGCCAAAACCUGGCACUGCAGACCCCAAAGAGGCUGGAGGCCUUGUUCCUGACCUUGAGUGGGGAGGAGCUGACCGUGAAGGCUGCGUAUAAUAGCUCAGGAAGUUGUGAGACUGAACAAAUAGUGAGCUCAGAAGUAAAUGUUUCGGGGAGAUUUGUUUUUCCUGGCCACAGGGAGAUCCAGGUGAUAGACACAGACUACGAACAGUUCGCCAUCCUGAGGGUGUCCCUCCACUGGCGGGACAAGGAGUUCCACGUGCUCAAGUAUUUCAGUAAGCUGCCCCUGGGGGGUGCGGGGCCGCUGUGGUCCUCCUGGGGACCGCCCAGCCCAGGCCCCUGUGCUCCCACAGCUCGGAGCCUUGAGGGCGAGUAUGAACCAGGCUUCUGGAAGUUCCGGGAGUUGACCGCAGACACGGGGCUGUACCUAGUGGCCCGGCACGGGAGGUGUGCCAAGCUCCUGAAGGAGGCGAGCCUUUGCCCCGGUCUGCGCUGAGCCCCGCCUGAGUCCCGGCCUGAGGGGAGCCCCUGGGCCUCCGGGGUGGUGACACCAGGCUGCCAGAAGAGGACCCUGGA